CAACUUCUCAUCUCGUAAGCCUUUCUUCUCGUCUCGCUUUAAUUUACUGGGCAUUGCCAUCCAACUCUUGUUUCCUCAUCAAAUUCGUCUUAGUCUGAUAAUCAGCUGAAUUGGAGUAAAAUGCAGCAACUUGAUCAAGUCAAGGAGAAGCCUGCUCCUCUAAAUAUGGGAGAAGUGAACUUUUCCCAGGCUGAGGAUGUACAGUUGGAGACUACACGGGCAAGAUUUUCAAAUCUCCUUAAAAGGCAUGCUGAAUUAACGGAGCGGCUCUCUAGGGAUUCUGACAAAUCAGUUUUUGAGCGUUUGCAAAGAGAAUUUGAAGCUGCACAGACUUCUCAAACUCAAGAAAUAUGUUUGGAUGGUGGGCAAUGGAAUGAUGGGCUAUUAGCUACUAUAAGAGAGCGGGUUCACAUGGAGGCUGAAAGAAAGGCAGUGCUACUACAAGGGGAUGCCGCUUCAGUGCCCAAUUUACCUUUCCAUGAAAAAAUAACUUACAGAGUUGGAAAUAAAAUGAUCUGUUGUUUAGAUGGAUCAAGGAUUGGCAUUCAAUAUGAGACCUCAUUUGCUGGAGAACCUUGUGAGCUGUUCCAUUGUGUUCUUGAAAGCAAAUCAUUUCUUGAGAAAAUGACAGUUCUUGAGCACACAAUUCCAUUUUUCUUGCCGAUACGCGAUGCGGAAAAUGAUUACCUCUCUUCAAAUGCAAUGAAGUUUAUAGAUUACGUCGGAGACUUGCUGCAGGCCUACAUUGAUAGACGAGAGCAGGUUCGUCUUAUUAAAGAGUUGUAUGGAAAUCAAAUAGGAGAACUGUAUUGCAGUCUUCCAUAUCAUAUGAUUGAAUUUGUGCUUGCAGAUUUUGAUUGCAAGGUGAUAGUCAGCAUUAGAUAUGGGGAACUCGUCUCUACGCUUCCGUCAACCAUCAGUGUCCUUGCUUGGCCGAUGCACCAACAUAAGAAACUCCGGACUUCUGUAGCACCAGCCAGCAGGAAGGAAAGCCCUGGCAAUCAACUAGUUCCAGCUCGAUUGGUACAUGCUGAGGAUGCAUUGCGUUCAAUGAGUCUACCCGAAGCUUUCGCAGAGAUCGUUCUGAGCCUGCCCAAAUCUCUUGAUGAAGCAUUUCCGGAUCAUAGCGCGAGUUCCCGUGUUUGCUCCCAGUAGAGGGUGAUGGCAUCAUGCAUAAAUAUAGUAACGAAUGAUACAUUAUUUACUAUCCUUCUUCCUUCUGUAGCAUCAAUAGGUUUGUAUAUUAUGAUGCUUUUCACCUUUCUCAGCCAUGGCUAACUAGAUUGUCUGCUCCUUGCCAUGUCGAAAAAACCUACUGUUGUUUAUGUCAAGGCCAUUAGUUUCGACGUAGGUUGUUGAAAACUUCCAUUUCCAGACUAAGGCAGAGAAACUCUGGUGUUCGGUUUUAUAAGAAAAAACGCGGUCGGGUUAUUGUUCGGGCGAGGGGUAGUUAGGUGUUUCGGCAUUGCAAGAGGAUUUUGUGAAUAGCGGUUCUGUGUAACGUGGUGCUGGAGCUCUCUCUGUAUAUCAACAUGAAUUUGCUUUUAGACAAUGAAACAUAGCUUCACCCCA